ACAUUCUCAACGGAAAAAGUGGCGGUGUCAUUUUUAGGCGGUUGACAUCGGGUGACUGAGAGUGAGUUUGAGCUGAGUACCAGGCACCGCCCCACAGCAGAGUUCAGAAUUGCACUACAAUGUCUGCGGUGGCUUCUCUGCAGUAAGCACACAAAGGUAUCCUUGCAUGCAGUUUUCCGUGCAUUUGGCAGGUUAUGCUGCCCAAAAGCUGUCUGAGUCCCAGUGAGAAAGAGAAGGGCUAAAGCCACACCAGUCCAAACCAGCUUUCCAGCUCCUGUCCAACAGCGACUCCACCUGUAGAGCCAUGAGCAACCCCAGCACACCCAACCAGGUUACAAACGCUGUGGCAUCAGUUAUUCAUGCUCCAGAAUCUCCUGCUUCCUCCUCUACACUUGGGGUUCCACACCCAGAGGAGGAAGACGAUGGGGACCUGAAUAAAGCUUUGGGUGUCCAGCGCUUCCAGCAGAUCCUCCGCCCUGCUGCCUCCGUACCUGAUGAGCAGCACCACACCUACCAUGAGGAAGACAUUGAAUAUCACCGUCACUCCUCUCACCACAUCCACCGGCCUCUGUCCAAACUGCCCUCUGACGUCCGCAGAAAGAAGAGUAACAAGAAACGGAGGAAGGACAAAGAUCACAAAAGCAGCCAUGUUCCCUGCAGUGGCACCAUUGAGGAGGGAGAGGAUGAAGAGGAAGAGGAGGAUGAGGGGACAACUUCAGCUCUAUCUGAGUCAGAAAAAGUCAAAGAUGUGGAGUUCUUCCUGUCUGAUGAAGACCAAAUGGCCAAACGUAGCACAGAGAGCCUUCGCUCGUCCCGAGAGCUGAACAUCGUACCACAGUCUGCUGAGGGGACAGAUACUGAAGAAGCAUCUUUCACUGAUAAACCAGACUCACCCGACGUUUCCAGCCCUGCUCCCCCGUCAGCUCCACCUGAACACCCACCACUGACCCGGGUCUCCUCCACUGGCCGCAGCUACGACCUGCAAGAGCGCCGGCGCACAGGCAACAUGACGGGUGCUGAACAGGCAAAGUACCAGCGCAUCCCCACGGAUGAGAGCGAAGCCCAGACGCUGGCUUCUGCUGACCUGGAUGGCAUCAAGAGCCAUCGUUUUGAGGAUGUUCCUGGCGUACGCAGACACCUCGUCAGGAAGAGCACUAAAGGACAAGUGGUGCACACUGGCAAAGACCACAAAGAGCCGACAACUCGCAGUCGAAAGCAGGACCGUACCCCACAUGAGGUGUUUGUGGAGCUGAAUGAGCUGACUAUGGACAAGAACCAGGAGAUGCAGUGGAAGGAGACGGCCCGUUGGAUCAAGUUUGAGGAAGAUGUAGAGGAGGAAACAGAUCGUUGGGGGAAACCUCACGUUGCUUCACUCUCUUUCCGCAGUUUGCUGGAGCUCAGAAAGACAAUCUCUCAUGGUGCGGUGCUGCUGGACCUGGACCAGAAGACACUGCCUGGCAUUGCCCACCAAGUGGUGGAGAAGAUGAUAAUUUCAGAUCAGAUUAAAGCUGAAGACCGGGCCAACGUUCUGAGGGCUCUGCUGCUUAAACACAGUCACCCGAGCGAUGAGAAGGAGCACAGUAGCCAUUUCCCCAGAAACAUCUCUGCAGCCAGCCUCGGCAGUCUGCUCGCACACCACCACAGUACCAACCAUAUCCAUCAGCAGGAACCCUCGGUGACCGACCCCCUCAUGGGCACCACUAACUCCACAGGGGACAGUGACACACACAUAGACAUGGAGAAGAAUGAUCUACAGAAGGAGCUGAUGCUUGGCUCUGGCAUGCAUCGGUCUAAGUCCAAACAUGAGCUGAAACUGCUGGAAAAGAUUCCUGAGAAUGCUGAGGCCACGGUGGUCCUUGUGGGCAGUGUGGACUUCCUGGAACAGCCCACCAUGGCGUUUGUUAGGCUGCAGGAGGCGGUGGAACUGGAGUCUGUCCUGGAAGUGCCUGUGCCAGUCAGGUUCCUCUUUGUUUUGCUUGGACCUCCAACCAGCAGCAUGGACUACCAUCAGAUAGGACGUUCCAUCUCUACCCUCAUGUCUGACAAGCAAUUUCACGAGGCAGCUUACUUGGCAGAUGACAGGCAGGACCUGCUGAACGCCAUCAACAGCUUCUUGGAUUGCAGCAUCGUGCUGCCACCUUCCGAGAUGGCAGAUGACGAGCUGCUGCGCUCCGUUGCUCGCUUCCAGAGGGAGAUGCUGCGAAAGAGAGAAGAACAAGAGGUCAAACUGCUCGCCAAGACGCCUAAAAGCUUUGAGGAAAAAGAGGCCCUCCUCACACCUUCGAAAAAGUCAGAUGACCCCUUACAGCGCACUGGGCGCCCGUUUGGUGGGCUGAUACGAGAUGCGCGACGCCGUUACCCGAAAUACUUCAGCGACUUCAAGGACGCCCUGAACAGUCAGUGCAUGGCUGCGGUUAUCUUCAUCUACUUUGCUGCCCUCUCUCCAGCUAUAACAUUUGGAGGGUUGCUUGGCGAGAAGACAGACGGUCUGAUUGGCGUCUCUGAGCUGAUCAUAUCGACAGCGGUGCAGGGUAUCCUUUUCUCUUUGCUUGGAGCUCAGCCGCUCCUGGUUGUGGGCUUUUCUGGACCCAUACUGGUUUUUGAAGAAGCUUUCUUCAGUUUCUGCAAAGCAAACAGCAUAGAGUACCUAACAGGCCGGGUCUGGAUCGGGUUUUGGCUUAUCAUCAUCGUGGUGGUCAUGGUUGCCUUUGAAGGCAGCUUCCUGGUGCGUUUUGUCUCCCGAUUUACCCAGGAAAUCUUCUCCUUCCUCAUCUCCCUCAUCUUCAUCUGCGAGACCUUUAUCAAGCUUGGCAGGAUUUUUAAGGAGCACCCACUGAAACGCUGCUCCUUCAACAGCAGCACAGAAGAUGUCGUCUCCAUGGACAACAACACUCUAGUGCUGAGCAACAGCACGGAGCCCGUGGCAGUGAGUGUCACCGGGGAGCCCAACACUGCGCUACUCUCUCUGGUUCUCACAACCGGAACAUUUUUCAUCGCUUACUACCUGCGCAAGUUCAAGAACAGCCCGUUCUUCCCUGGAAGGUUACGCAGGGUUAUUGGAGAUUUUGGAGUACCUAUUGCAAUCCUUAUUAUGGUUUUGGUGGAUUACUGCAUUGAAGACACAUACACACAGAAACUGAGUGUUCCCAGAGGAUUCUCUGUGACGAGUCCAGACAAACGUGGCUGGAUUAUCAAUCCUCUGGGUUCGGAUGGAGAAUUCCCCAUCUGGAUGAUGUUUGCCUGUUGUUUGCCAGCUCUGCUAGUUUUCAUCCUCAUCUUCAUGGAGACUCAGAUCACAACCCUCAUAGUCAGUAAGAAGGAGCGGAUGUUGGUCAAGGGUUCGGGUUUCCACCUGGACCUGCUUCUGAUUGUGGUUGUGGGUGGCAGCAUGGCGCUGUUUGGCCUGCCAUGGAUGGCGGCUGCCACCGUUCGUUCAGUGACCCACGUCAACGCCCUCACCGUCAUGAGUAAGGCCGUUGCCCCUGGAGACAAACCUCGCAUCCAGGAAGUGAAGGAACAAAGGGUAACUGGGCUCCUUGUCGCUGUCAUGGUUGGCCUGUCCAUCGUGAUAGGUGACCUUCUGCGUCAGAUCCCCCUGGCAGUGCUGUUUGGCAUCUUCCUCUACAUGGGUGUGAUGUCACUCAAUGGCAUCCAGCUAACAGAACGAAUGAUGUUGCUCCUCAUGCCACCAAAGUACCACCCUGACCAUACCUAUGUGCGCAAGGUUCGUACACUGCGCAUGCAUCUCUUCACCACCAUCCAGGUUGUGUGUUUGGCCGUCCUGUGGACCGUUAUGUCAACCCAGGCGUCUUUGGCUUUCCCCUUUGUCCUUAUCCUCACAGUCCCCAUCAAGAUGUUUGUGCUGCGACGCAUCUUCACUGCCAGGGAGAUGGCAUGCCUGGAUGCAGAUGAUGCAGAGCCGAAGUUGGACGAGCGCGAGGGCUACGAUGAGUACUCAGAGAUGCAAAUGCCUGUGUAACCCACAAUAAACCCUCUCGUUACCACUGAACCUCCUAUCAGCAAACACCAAAAUCUGUCUUUUAAAACCCAUGAGAUCUGGGUGAACACAUGAAAGUAAAGAGUGCUGGAGGUCUGGUCAAACAUCUAAAUAUUCACAUGGCUUUUCUGCUGGUUAACAGCUGUUAGUGGCUGCAAAGAAUAAAUCAAGGAGAUUAGCAUUUAUUCAUUCAUGAAAUAUUUUUUUUAAUAAAACAUUUAUUUCAGGGGACAAGAGAUUCCAAAUCAAAUGAUGCGAUCUCGAGCUCAAAAUUAAACAUAACAGUAGACAGACUUGCAAGAAUUAGUUUUUAGCCCUGAAAUGUUGCUAUGAUUCACAUUGAAUAUGUGGAGAACAUAUAGGAUACAUUCCUCAACAUUAACAUGUAGUUGAAUUUGUUACUUUUUCUUUUGUUUAUGCUCACCAAGCGCCUUAUGAAGGAAACAGAUAUGCUGAGCUGUUUUUUUUCUCCUCCUGUCUUAUUUUAGACAGGUGAUCACUUUAUCUAAACAGUAGCUCAUAACACUUUUUUUUAAAACACCAAAUCUGAACAAUGACUGUAAUAUAUGUAAUUGUUUUAGUCUUGUAGUGUCCCUGUGAACCUCUUUUUUUUUAAUCAAAUCAUUUAGAUGAGAUUCUUAAAUGAACUGAUUGAUUUUAAGCUUGCCCUUCCUUAAUCAUACAUGUAUUUAUAGUAAUAUGUAAUGCAAUGGUUUCAAUGAUCUUCAACCUGCAGUGACGCAAGAUUACCAGCAGAGGGAGUUUUGAGAAGACUUUUAAAGGUUAAGAUAAUGCACCAAAUGCAAUUUUAUUGGUACACUAAUGCCAUGACAUCUUUAUUAUUAUCAUUAUUUUUAUUUUCUGCCCAUGCUGUCUUGCUUUAAGUAGAAAAUGAGACAGUGGCAUAAUAAAUACACCUAAAUGUUCUCUCACACAUGUUUCUGGCACUACAGUACUAAUGUAGGCCUCACUUGGUGUUGGUUGGUUUAUGGGAAAUGCUGUAAUUUGUUAGUUUCUUUGACUAAGUGCCAAAUGUCCUGUAAAAAUAACAUUGUGGUCAGAACAAUAAGCUGCAGUUUAGUCACGUCUUUUCUUGUCUUAGCUGCUUUUGAAGAAGCGAUGAUGAACAUAUUUUAAUAAUACAACAUUCCACCUUUCACUUUCUGUGGUUGCAACAUUUCUCUUGCAAUCAUGUCAACUUGGUCAACCAAAUUUCCAAAAAGAUUGUUUAGACAAUCUCAAUGCAUUGCUGAGAGGGAAAGCUUUUAAAAGUAUAUAUAUUUUUUUUUGUUUUGUUUUGUUUUUUUUUAGUUUUGCAUCAUGUUGCAUCAGCGUGACAUGGAUUGGUUCAAGUUUUGACUGUGUCAAAAUGAAAUUUUCUGUCCACUGUUACACUCAAAAAUGUUUUUCAGACACUACUUUUCCCUUUGACCUGUCUCAGCCUGACUGAAGUUGUGAUCUUGUGCCUGUUUGGUGUCAAAACUGCACAAAAUUUCAAGUGCCUGUGGGACCACGAAGCAAUGAAUCCACUACAAGUGUCUUGUGUGUGUGUUAGGAUAGCACAUGUUACAGUUGUUAGCACUUUUGACCCUGAUAAAUCAAACAUCUCUGAUUUAUUUAUCUGUUGCAAUAUGUGACAUCACUGCUGUUUGUCAUGACGUAUUUGAAGAAUACAACAGAUGUUUUUUUUUUGUUAAAUGUUCACACACUCAGCUGCACUUUGAUCAUGACAGUGAAAAUUAGUUUGAGUAGUGGGCAGUUCAGUGCAGUGUGGGUUUUGUUUCUGAUAAUUGUGCCUGUGAAUGAGUGAUGUUAACCUAUGUAUCUCAAUGUAGUGUCAUUAAAUGCUGAUUAAAGUACGUAGAGUCAUUUCAGAAGCAAUACAAAGUCCACGAGGCUGUUGCUGAUGCUCCCAUGCACAUUACUGGCUCAGAUAUUGAUGAAAAAUAAAAGUUAUUUUCUAUUU